CGUGGAAACUAACACUCAUCCAUAUAUCUAUGUAAAUUCAUUACUUAGGGAAUUCCAUGUUUCGAAAUGAAAUAUGAUCGUAAUAUUUUUAGAACUAUACCUAUUUAAAGAUCUCCAAAGUAUCGGAGAGAACGAAUUACAAAAUUGCUGAAAAGCUUCCGUUCAAACCGUAUAAAAAUACAUUCACCUCUUUACAAAUAUUCGAUUUGAAUUUUCGAUGAUUUCUCUGUUCGCCGCGGCCCAAAACAACUUCAUAAAUAUCAAUUUACGCCCAGUUUUUUCCUCGUUGGAUUUCUCGAGCACCAUCUGUUCCAAUGUGCCCAUAGGCACAGGGCCCUGUCAAAGACCAAGUGGAUCUGGAUCUCUGGGUCUGCUGGGGCUGGCCUGUCCAUCAUCAUCGUUGCCCGAUUAUUGCUGUUGUUGUUGUUGCACAGGGCCCUGUUCUUUGUCCCUGGGACGUGGGUUUCCCGGGGCCAAUCAGUCAGCGAGGCACUCAGCGAAGCGUGAAUGGCAAUUGCCGAUAUCUACACAUUCAAUUAAUAAAAUCAACAGCAAACACAUCGCCAGAGGACCGAAGCGAAGCGGAGCUCUUAUCGCCCCGGCCAGGACAUGUCAUUAGCCAAGCUCCAGUGCCAUUCAAUCCAGUUGGGCUCAGUCAGUGCCUGGAUAUGGACAAGUACAGUCAGCAGAAACGCGGCGGCGGAGGUGUGGUGGCGGAGGCCUGGUCGCGGGGCCUGCUCCUGACGCUGUAUCGGGCGGCUCGAGUCCUGGGUCUGAUCUCCUUUCGCCUGGACCGGGAAGAGUUGCAGCUGAAGCUCCCGAAGAGUGGCAGCCGAAACAGGAUACUGGAAACUGUCUGGCGCUGCCUGGUCGUUCUGACCUAUGCGGGUGUCUGGCCACAACUCUCCGCGCAUCUGAUCACCGAUCGGCCGGAGAGCUAUGCGGAUAUGUUUGCCUUGAUGCAGUCCUUUUCGGUGUCCAUUUUAGCACUGGUUUCCUUCAUCAUCCAGGCCAAGGGCGAGGACAAGUUCCGGACGGUGCUCAAUCGCUACUUGGCCCUGUAUCGGCGCAUCUGUGCGGUGACCCGCGUGGAUCAGCUCUUUCCCAUGAAGUUCAUAGUGUAUUUCCUGCUCAAGCUGCUGCUCACAAUUGGGGGCUGUGUCCACGAGUUUCCGCCGCUCUUGAAGAACGAACACUUUAAGGACGCUCGCAACAUGGUGGCCGUGAUCGUGGGGAUCUACAUGUGGCUGGGCACCCUGUUUGUGCUGGAUGCCUGCUUCAUGGGCUUCUUGGUCUCGGGGAUACUGUACGAGCAUAUGGCCUUCAACAUCCUGCUGAUGCUGCAGCGUAUGCAGCCCAUAGAGUGCGAGGAGAAGGCAGUCCGAAUGAGUAAAUACCAGCGUAUGCGACUCCUCUGCGACUAUGCCGACGAGCUGGACGAGUGUGCCGCCAUCUACAGCGAGCUGUACGGGGUGACGAUCGCCUUUCGCCGCAUGUUGCAGUGGCAGAUCCUCUUCUACGUGUACUACAACUUCAUCAGCAUCUGCCUGAUACUCUAUCUGUGCAUUCUGCACUAUCUGAACGCGAAUGAGAUUGCUCUGGUCUCCCUGGCAAUGGCCACCAUUAAGCUCUUCAAUCUCAUCCUGCUGAUCAUGUGCGCGGACUAUGCGGUCAGGGAGUCACAGAAGCCGAAUAGAUUACCCCUCGACAUAGUCUGCACCGAUAUGGAUCAGCGUUGGGACAAGAGUGUGGAAACAUUUCUCAGCCAGCAGCAAACCCAGCGCCUGGAGAUCAAAGUCUUGGGUUUCUUUCAGCUGAACAACGAGUUUAUACUGCUAAUUCUAUCCGCUAUUAUAUCGUAUCUCUUUAUACUGAUACAGUUUGGCAUUACGGGCGGCUUCGAGGCAUCCGAAGAGGUCCGCAAGCAGUUCAAUUCCAGCAGCCAUCAAAUUCAAGAACUUUUAAAUUAAAUUUCACUACUUGUAAAACUCUUUCUCUCCCCUACAGUAGUUUAGCCGGGCUCAUCCUCCAUUACCUUGGGUUCACCUUCAGCUCCCGGGUUCAUUAUCGUUCAUUAUAUCUCUCAUACCAAAAAAGUUCUGAUACAAUUUGGGGAUGAGCUCGUUAGGCAAAAGAAAGACCAAAACCAAAUAAAAAAGAAAUGAGAAUUGA